GUGAUGUGUAUGUUUCCUGGACAGAGCUGUGAUGACAUCGCCCUAGUGUGUGAGGGAGACUGCACAAAUCAGUCACGUGGAUUCAUCUCUCACAUUAUCAUGUGAUCCAAAGCCUGGACAAGCUCAUGGGUUGUCCUUGUGUGUCAGCUGUACAUGUCGGAUUGACCAUUGACCUGUCCACAUGGGUAGCUGGCAAAUGAGCAAAGGGACUUCAUGAUUACAUGACUCUCGACAUGGAUACUGUCCUGUCAGACUUUGUUCGCUCGACAGGGGCAGAGCCUGGGCUGGCACGGGACCUGCUCGAAGGGAAAAACUGGGACAUCACUGCAGCUCUCAGCGAUUUUGAACAACUCCGCCAGGUGAAUGCUGGGAAUUUACCAUACUCUUUUAAUGAAGGGCGAGGGGUCAAAAUGCAGGAGAAGGAACCAUCAAGAGUUGUGCGAGCUGUACUGCAGCGUCAGGAUGAUCCGGUACCAGAGAAGCGGCUGACCCGGGGAAUCUCUCACGCCAGCUCCACCAUUGUCUCUCUAGCACGUUCCCACAUGUCGAACAAUGGCAGCAGUGAGCACUCACUGGACACUCCUAUCUGCACCUUCCAACUGCCUGAUCUGACUGUUUAUCGCGAAGACUUCCGAAACUUCAUUGAGAGAGAUUUAAUCGAACAAUCGAUGCUGGUGGCACUGGAGCAGGCUGGACGCCUAAACUGGUGGGCAAAUGUUGAUGCCAGCUGCCAACGCUUGUUACCCCUGGCAACGACUGGGGAUGGGAACUGUCUGCUUCAUGCUGCUUCUUUAGGGAUGUGGGGGUUCCAUGAUCGGGACCUGAUGUUAAGGAAGUCUCUAUAUUCCAUGAUGGAGAAAGGAGUGGAGAAAGAAGCUUUGAAAAGGAGGUGGCGUUGGCAACAAACCCAACAGAAUAAGGAGUCUGGCCUUGUUUAUACCGAGGAGGAAUGGCAGAAGGAGUGGGACGAGUUGAUCAAGCUGGCAUCCAGCGAGCCCCGUAUUCAUUAUGGAACCAAUGGAAGUGGCUGUGGAGGGAGACUGGCACCAACAACCUUCCCUGCACUCAACAGUGUGGACAGCUCGGAGGAACCGGUGUACGAGAGUUUGGAGGAGUUCCAUGUCUUUGUCCUAGCACAUGUCCUGCGAAGGCCAAUUGUAGUAGUAGCUGACACCAUGCUCAGAGACUCGGGAGGCGAAGCCUUUGCUCCCAUACCGUUUGGGGGCAUCUACUUACCGCUGGAGGUUCCAGCCAAUAAGUGCCAUCGAUCUCCACUGGUCCUGGCCUACGAUCAGGCUCACUUCUCUGCACUUGUCUCCAUGGAACAGAGAGAGACCAAUAAAGAACAAGCCGUGAUUCCUCUGACUGAUUCUGAACACAAGUUACUUCCAAUACAUUUUGCGGUCGAUCCAGGGAAGGAUUGGGAAUGGGGACGGGACGACAAUGACAACGUGCGAUUGGCCAGUGUGACUCUCUCAUUGGAAGCCAAGCUCCACCUGCUGCAUACCUACAUGAGUGUGACCUGGAUCCAAGUUGCCUCUGAAGCCCAGCAAGCCCCCCUGGCCCAGCCAGAGUCUCCCAGUGCCUCCGGAGGUGAUGACGCCAGGUCGGUGGCUGAGUCCGGAGAAUCCGACAAGGAGUCGGUGUGCAGCAGCUCCAACGGGAACAGCAGCAAGGCCAGUGGCAAAGAGAAAACCAAGAAGGACAAGGACAAGGAAAAGGAGAAGAGGAGAGCAGAAUCAGUGGCCAAUAAACUAGGCAGCUUUGGUAAGAGUCUGGGCAGUCGGCUGAAGAAAAACAUGGGUUUUAUCCACAGUAAGGGCAGCAGAGGGAACGGGCAGAAUGGCACCUUGGAGAAGAACAGGAAGAAGGGCUCUCUGAAGUUGCAGAAAGCUGGUAAAGAGAGCAGCCUGGCAGAAAGCACUUCCGCUGGAGACAGAGUGGGGGGUAGCAGUCUGGCGAAAUCACAGCCUGCUGACCCUUACAGAUACAGUAACGACGUGAAGCUCAGCCUCAGCAUUCUGCGAGCAGCCAUGCAGGGAGAACGCAAGUUCAUCUUCACAGGGCUGCUUACCACCAGCCACAGGCACCCCUUCCAGGAGGAGAUGAUCCAGCGCUACCUGUCCGAUGCUGAGGAGCGGUACUUCGCAGAGCAGGAGCAGAAGGAAGUGAGCAAGAAAGUGCCGUCCAGCAGUAGUACAGUCAAGAAGGCCGAUCAGGAACUCUCUGCUCAAGCCAGGUUUGACUCACAGGAGCGUCUGGCUGAGGACUCUGUGAGUGAGCUUCCUGCCAACCCUUACAGCCCCUCGGCUCAGGGCUACAGUAGCCAGACUGGGCCACAGUCCCACACUGCAAAAUUUUCCAACUACCAAGACCCUCCAUUCUCUGGCAUCCUUUCCAUCCCUCGACCCAACCUAGUAACAACAGAGUUUAAUUCCCCACAGUCCAGCUACAAGGAGACCAGGCGACAGGUCGCUGGUGGUUCCUACAACAACCUGCCCUCCUACGCCACCCUGCCCAGGCAUUGUGGGCAAGGACACUCUGCUGUGGGCAGCCCUGCCCACUCCUCUUGCCACCCGCCCCCUACAGAGACAGACGAGCCUCCUGAUUAUCCCACCUCCUCCUGCAACAGCUCCUACCACAGCUUCAGCAAUGGCUUCACAGAGCAGUCAGACUGCUUGGGACCCGAGGGCUCCCAGGACCCAGUCAAGGGUAGGAACCCCUAUUCCGUCCAACAGACGCGCUGUCGUCAGACAAACUGCAACUACUACGGGCACCCGGAGACAGGCAACUACUGCUCAUGUUGCUACAAGGAGGAGCUGAGAAAGAGGGACAGGGAGCCCCCGGCUCACAGGUUCUGAGCUCAGCACUUUAUCCUGCAGCUCAGGCUCUGAGCACAAGAUGGGAGAUGCAAUAAUGGCUGCUCCUGGAGGUAAGGGGCAGAGGAGGAAGAUCCCACGGGUAGGGGCCAGAGUCAGUUCAGGCCCUGGGAGAGUCCACGUUAGGCGAAAGUACGAGUUUUGAAAUGUUAACUUUUUCUUUUGAUCUUGCCUCCUUUAUUUCUGCAGUAACCUUCCCCCCCCCCCCCCCCCACACACCAGCUGUAUAGUUUGCAGAGAUGUUGGUUGGUAGUUUUGGUUUACUGAGCGUUACGUGUGACAUGCAAGGCAGAAACUGUUGGUAUUUCACUCCUUCCCUCCAGAACACUCCACAGAGGCACAAGCCCCCACUUUGUCCCCUCUGUCCCCAACCUGAACCACAGCAGGAACCUCAUGGAGAGAGACUGCAGCAUAAAGCAGGAACGCUGGCUGGCAUUCGAGAGGCUGUGCUCACCCUCAGUGUGGCCUAUAACUGACAGAGGUCUCACAAUCUCCGGUAUCCAAUGCAGGCCCUGCAUUGUUGCUGUUGGAUAUUGGAGCAAGGCCUGAGGCUUCCAGACAGAGCCACAGAUAGCCAUGAUCUUAUCUGCAUGGAGUAAAACAAGAAAGUCAUGGGAGCAGAUGGAAGAAUGUACAGAUGCCUCUCUGCGAUGGGGGUGAGCUGGCUCUGUGGGUCAUCUGGAAAUACUCACAGCUAAUAAUAAUGGUGCAGGCAUCCUCUCCCUGCACACACUUGCUGAGUGUGUGUGUGUGUGUGUGCGCGCGCGCGCACGCGCAUACAUGACCUCUCCCUGCACACUCGCUGUGUGUGUCUGCACACGCGUGACCUCUCCCUGCACACUCGCUGUGUGUACGCGCACGCAACCUCUCCCUGCACACUCGCUGUGUGUACGCACACGUGACCUCUCCCUGCACACUCGCUGUGUACGCGCCGUGACAUCUCCCUGCACACUCGCUGUGUGUGUAUGCGCACGCGUGACCUCUCCCUGUACACUUGCUGUGUGUUCGCACACGCGUGACCUCUCCCUGCACACUGUGUGUGUACGUGUACACAUGACCUCUCCCUGCACACUCGCUGUGUGUGUACACGCAUGCGAUCUCUCCCUGCACACUCGCUGUGUGUAUACGUGCACACAUGACCUCUCCCUGCACACUCGCUGUGUGUACGCGCACGCGAUCUCUCCCUGCACACUCGCUGUGUGUGUACGCGCACGCGAUCUCUCCCUGCACACUCGCUGUGUGUGUACGCGCACGCGUGUCCCCUUGCACACUUGCUCUUUCUCCUUGUCCUGUCAGUAAGAUUGCAAAGUGCUGUAAUUCCUGCUGCUUCCAGAAAUGAUUGUUAAACCAUGCGUUACAGCCUGGAUAACAACUGAUCAGGUCUGGAGCUCCGUCCAUGCAACAAUUCCCAUCACUGACAUAUCCCCAGAGAUUAUAACAAGAGGUGCUCUGUUAGCUUUUCUCCCUGAAGUUAACUGCCAACUAAUCAUAACCAGGAUCUAGCCACGUUGAAUAAUGUUUUGUUUAGAGUUUAUUAAUUGAGUAGAAAACAAAUGUCUCUCCAUUUAUUUAAAGUAAAUGGCAGCAAUAAAAGAUUUCUGUGACGACCAUGGUUCAGUGUUACAGCACUGUCAGAGGGUCAGUGCUGAGGCAGUGCUGCUCUGUCACAAAUGAGUUUAAGGAUUGUCUCUGCAGCUCUGAUCUCUGCUCUCAAACCAUCCCAGCAUUCCUACAUCCAUAUGAAAGAGGAGUUCCACUUCUCUGCAUCAGGAUCGAAGGAGGUGUGUGAUGCCAGGGUUAUCUGUGAGAGGGAUGGUGGCAGAGAAUGCUCUCUUGGUCUCACCUUCAUCACUUUCCCUAUAACACUAAUCCCAAUCCACUGUCCCUUAUUUCCCCCCACCCCCAGUCCGAAUGGAGAUGUUCAGCUUUGAAGUGUAAGUUAUUGUCAUGGAGCCUGCUACGUCAGUUCCAUUCUCACUGGAUUACUCAAUGCCACAGAAAGUGAGCAACUCGACACAUGGCCAUCCAGAAGCCUGUAUUGAGCAUAAUCUUUCCCACCAGUCAGUGUUCAGUUUCUCUCCGAUGCUGCCCCCACCGUGACUGUCCUCAGGAGAGAGCUCGAGAAGGAGGGGGAAUGAUUGGUGUCACUAACUCCAACUCCCAAUCUCUUGCUCCUGUGCCGAGUCAGGAAGGUACAGACGUGGAUCUCGAACUGAUGACUCACUGCUGCUCUUUACUUCUUGGGGGUCGAACAGGAUGUGCAAUUGAUGUUCAUGUCACAUUGCAAAACCUAUAGAGCCACCCCCAACAUCAUAGUCACUUGGCAUACCUAACCUGUGCAUUUAGUGAGAGCUGUCUGCUAGGAUGCACAAGUGGGUCACCAAAGGAAGUAAGAUACAUUAAACACAACAGUUCAACACUGUGAGCUGUCUCUUUAUUAUUGCUACUUUUGCAUUUAGAAACCUUGAAUGUUGUUUUUUUAUGGUAGAAUUGAGGGUGAAAUUGGAAAGAGAUAAUAUUUAGUGAAACCAAGUUUGGGCACAGAGUUCUGGUGGCACUUGAACACCAAUCGACUGCAGGUUGAAGGUCUCAGCCUUGCAGUUUCUGGGGGCCAGGAGUAACCAUUCAGGUCUGGGCCUUGGAACCUAGUUGCCUUGUUGAUGAGAAUUGUAAAUUGAUGCUGUACAAAGUUAAUAAUUUUUAAAGCCUCACAUGAGCAGCCAGAUCCUUCCAGAAGUUUUCAUUCCCCCCCCCCGCCCCCCCCUCCCCCCAAGUCCCCAUGGAGGUGACUGAGACUGCUGAGUGUUGUUUAUCUCUGAGGUUUGAAAGGUCCAGUGUGUAACACACAUGACUUUCUGUAAAUUUUGAAUGCUGUAUGUUAGUUAGAAUGUACAGAACAUAGGACAUUUCUUUAAUCACACUAUUUUUGGAAUAAACUGAAAAAUGAAUAAAA